AUGCAUUAUUUAUAUUCAUUUCCUAUCAUCUUCUCCUUUGCUGGCGUCGCUGUAUCUGCCUCGAACUCGACGGUUGACCUUUCAUGGCAUGCACCUUCGUACAGCAAGCUCAAUGACCUCAAUUUGGUCAUCAACGGUACCGACGUCUUCGGCUUCGUCUUCAAUUCGUCAAAGACCCCGGCAGGGCUGCCUUAUUCCACUUACAAUUGGUGCAACAUGCCUCAUGUUCGCUCUUCGGAGUAUUCCAAAGUCAAUUCCAGCUACAAGCUCGAAUACGUCCAUGUGAUUCAUCGCCACCAUAAGCGUACACCUUAUGCGUCGAACACAUUCCCUCGCGAGUCGUAUGCAUGGGAUUGCUCUGACGAAGGGCUCUACUAUCAUGCCGCACCUUUCACUGGUGCCAACGCUUAUUCGUCAGCUGCCACGUAUUGGAGCGUCUUCACUUCUCCGUCCAAUCCUUUGGCUCCCCAAGGCUUCAAUGGGACAUGCCAAUUCCCUCAGCUCACCUCGGGGGGCUUGGACGACAGUCGGCAGCAUGGCAAGGAUGUCUUUGGUGUAUACCACUCUUUGCUGGGGUUCCUACCUGGGCAUUACGACUCUAAAAAGAUGCAAUUCCGUGUCACGAACAACGUCAUUACCUCCCAGGUUGCGAGUAAUCUGAUCCCUGGCAUGUUCCCUUCGCUGGAUGGAAAGAGCGUGCCACUUUUGAUUCAGCCCAGCUCUGUCGAUAGUCUGGAACCUGGCUAUACAUGCUCCUCUGCUUCGUCUCUCUUUUCGUCAUAUGGAGCCGGCAGCACCAAUGCAAAUUGGACUGCACAUCUCACUGCGUCUUCUGGUCUCGUGCGUACUCUCGAUGCCAUCUCGGGUAUUUCGUCCAGCGCGACUGAUUGGCAUAAAUCAUGGGAUCAUUACUUUGACAACCUCUCUGCACGUCUCUGCCAUGCUAAAUCUCUGCCAUGCAACAGUACUACUGGCACUUGUGUCACUCAGACUCAAGCAAACGAGGUCUUCAGACUAGGCGAGUACGAAUACAACUACCUAUAUCGUUCUGCUGGACCUCAGACUCUUGAGUACGCUCGUCGCAGUUAUGGCAUCUGGGUUGCCGAGCUAGCAGACCACCUUCGCGCGGCACAGAACUGCAGUAGCUCAGUCAUCUACAGACAUGACGUCGCUCAUGAUGGCAGUAUUUCUCGCUUGUUGGCCUUGUUGCAAAUCCAGGAGAUGGUGUGGCCUGGCAUGGGUUCAGAAGUCAUUUUCGAGCUCUACUCGAAGCACAAUGAGUGGUUUGUUCGUGUGCUUUGGGGUGGACAGGUCUUGAAGAGCUCAAGUCCAGCUCUGGGUCAUGAAGUCGACAUGGUGCCGCUGAACAGUAUUUUGGCAUAUUUUGAUGGAUUGGUUGGACGUGGUGCUGCUCUGAUUCCUGGUCUCUGCAACCAGAGUUAA